GCGCGUGUCCGCGUCAAUUUGUGAAGGGUAGACAAGAGAUCAGCAAGGUCCCAAAGCUUCUUGUAAACGUUGAAGCGAAUGCAUGGAGAGUUUUGAGUCUUGAAGAGAAUUACUGGGGGCCAAGGGGGAAAAAAACAACACCGAACUCCUGAAAUAUAAUCUUCAAAAGAAUAUGUACAACGCCGCUCUGCUUUUUUGUCACCUCUUGAUAAUAAGUACCGUGGAAGCUGGUACAGGUGGAGUGUCAUUUUGGAGGGACAAGUUCACAAUGACAUGUCCGGAAAAUGGGAGUUGGUUCAAAAAAGAACAAUCCAUGGACACUCCAGGCCACUCCUUGACAGUUGAUGGCAAAAACAAAGGCCUUUACCAUUGUGAAUAUGUUCAGAACAACAAAAAGCUCAAGUAUUACUUCUAUGUGGAAGGAAAGGUCUGCGCUAAUUGUUUUGAGCUGGACGCAGCACUGUUUGGGGCGCUCAUCGUUGCCGAUGUAAGCAUAACAGUUCUAUUGAUGAUAUUCAUCUACAAGUGCACCAAGAAGAAAAGUUCACCGGGUAUGAGAGGACAUGCAGGCCCGGCCGUCCCUUCUCCGGAUUAUGAUUACCUGAACGCGCACGGCCAAUCCCAGGACCCAUACUCUUUUAUCAACAGCGGCAAACCAAGAUGAGCCACCUAUGGCAGGUUACAAGUUGAAGACGGAAGACAAGCAACUAAAUUAAUCAAGAGACGUUUUCCGCGCUCGUAGUCUGGCAUCUCACACCGUUUAUAUUGCCACGAGGAAGUCACUCAUUUCAUCAUAAUCAACAUUCACAAGCAUGACACAAAAGUAGGAUCAUGACUCAACUUAUUCCCAAGGGAAAAAAAUACAAAAAGUUCAACUUUAUGUGCAAAUUGGAGCAUUUCACAGCAACAACGUGUGGCCAUUCGUAACGUCAGUGUGCAAUACACUUGACAAACAUGGUUGAUAUGCGAUGGACAUAAAGGGCGACAGAGACUAUGAAAUGGGACUUCUAAGGUCAAAAAAUAAUGUGCCCUUAGGUGCUGGAUGAUCUCUUAUUUGGUAUGAGUUCAUAAAAAAAAAAAAUUGUGCAUGUAGAAAAUCUUGGAAAUUGGAAUACAUCCAUUACUCUUUUACCAGCCAAAUUGUUACCAUCAUAAAACCUUUAUUAACUGUGCAAGGUGCAAAACUGUUCUAUUUUUUUUAUAUAUAUUUUAACAUUUUACACUAUCGUAGAAGUAAGAUAAAUAUUUACCAUGACUUACCUGUCUUGUAGGGAAGUGCAGAAGAAAACAGCAGGCUUGAUGGUGAAUUAACUUCAUUUCCUACCUGUUACACGAGUGUAAAAAUAAGUUAACCUCUGCAUAGUAAAACUAAUAAAUAAA